CCACCUGCGGACAAUGGCCAACGAUAUACUCCAGGUGAACUGCGACGCGUGCGCGGAGAUCGCGCACGAGCCCUACAUAGAGUGCUGCGAGUGUGACAGCAACUUGUGCCAGAGCUGCUUCGCGUCCGGGCGUGAAGUGGGACCUCAUAAAAACGAUCACAAAUACUCGAUACGGAGGAACGACUUCCCGCUAUUCGACAACUGCAACUGGUCUGCUAAGGAGGAGUGCAAACUGUUGUCAGCUAUGUCAAUGUAUGGAUUCGGUAACUGGGAGGAGAUAGCAAAGUGUGUGCAAACGCGAUCUAAACUAGAAUGCCAAGAACAUUACAAGAAGUAUUUCAUUGAGAAUGUACAGUGCGAGGAGUUGAAAUUGAUUCCGGAAACAGAGCAGUCUGUUUUUCCAAAAAUAUUGACACCUUACCUAUACAAUACAGACCUGUGCACUAACCCACCGAGAAAUAACCAAUCUGACCACUCCCUAGCAGGCUACAAUGCUUAUAGAUCAGAAUUCGAAUUAAGCUAUGAUAAUAAUGCGGAAAGUAUCUUUAGUAUAGAGGACAGCUACUCAGAUGACGAGGAUGACGAUUGUAUAGAUGCUUUAAAAGUUAGUCUACUGAACGCUUUAAAUACUAGAUUAAGAGAAAGGCAGAGAAGGUACAAAAUUAUACAGAACCAUGGGUUGAUAAUGACAAACAAGUUGCUGGCGUGGCUCAUAAGAUUUGAUAGCACAAUAUCGAGAACAAACAGCGAGAGGUUACUGUCUUUUAUGCAGUUUAUGACCGGUAUGCAAUUUGAUGCAUUUAUGGAGAGUAUUAGUCUUCAGGAAGAAACAAUGCAAAGGCUAUACAAAUUAUGUGAAUAUAGGAAGCUUGGGAUACGCACAUUGCAUUCCGCUAGGCUUUACCAACAACUAAAGGUGAAUAAUGAUGACAUGAACAAGGAGCAAAGGCAUGCUACAUUAGUUAUGAUAAAGGACUUCGACAGUUACACAACAAAAAGCAAGCUUAUGUUUAGCAAAGGCAAGAGAUUGAAGAGAUCUGCCAUACCGCUAGAUAUAACCGACUUGCCUGGAUACUUUCAACUGUCGGCCAAUGAGAAAUCUUUGUGUUCCAACGUCAGACUUUUACCAAAUAACUAUACGGAAAUGAAGAAGCUGCUAAUAGCGGAAAACAAUAAACUCGGAUCAUUGAAACUACUAGAUGCACGUAGAAUACUCAAAAUAGAUGUAAAUAAAACUCGGAAAAUAUAUGAUUUUCUGAUAACAGAAGGUUUUAUAAGUAAACCUUUUCAACAGUAACAAACUACAAAGCUACCG